AAGAGGCGAGGGGAGGCAAGUGCCUGAUGCCCCCAGGGGCUGUGCAGUGUUGUCCCUAGUAGCCCAGAGGGCUUAGUGGCAGGGGUAUUACUGUUGCAGGAUUUGCCCUUAAUCCUAUCUCACAUUCCUGUUAGCAAAAUACUCCUGUUUGAAUACUGGGCUGAGCUCUCUGGUGGCUUCAGGUGAGCUGAGGAUACACAGGGCUCCCACCUCCUUUAAAUCACUGGGAGUGUUAAUCAGAAACUGUUAUUAGUGGCAGAAAGGUCUGUGUAUGGAAACAACACACCGGGCAGGGCCAGACCAUCACCCUGUAGUCUUGUUGCCUUGCCCAGGUCCUUCUGCCGGUGUCUGUCGCUCUUGUUCCACUGCAGCUGAUAUUAGGUUGGAAAAUCUUUGGGGCAAUGACCACAUCUUUUUAUGUAUUUUUAAAGGGCCAAGGACACUAUUGGGGUGGCUUAAAAACAAGACAAAACUAAUAUCUUGGGGCUUGCCUACACAUGGCGUUGUUCCUGAUUAACUCCCCAUGUGGACACUCUUAUUUUGGAAUAAUGGUGCCUUGUUUCUUUUUAGCGUAACCCACUUUCAAAGGAUCAGAGCUAACUCCAUGUGUAGACAAGCCUUAAGUAACCAACUGAGCUGGAAACUUUUUUUAAUGCGAAUGUAAACUUCUCCAAAAAUCAAGGAGCCUGUACCGUGAUGGAAGAACUUGCUAUUUGCCACUGACACUAGUCCAGAGAUGGGAAACAAAAAUGACUGGCCUGUGGUAAUUCUGCUGGGGUGGGCUGGCUGCCGUGAUAAACACCUGGCAAAAUACAGCACCAUCUACCAUCAGAAGGGGUGCACAGUUAUCCGCUACACAGCUCCAUGGAAGAUGACGUUUUUUGCAGAGUCCUUUGGCAUCAGGUCCCUCCGGACCCCAGCUAGAAAGCUGCUGGAGCUGCUCUUUGACUAUAAAAUUGAAAAGAAACCCCUGCUGUUUCAUGUGUUCAGCAAUGGCGGGGUCAUGCUUUACCGCUACACCCUAGAGCUCAUCCACACGCACGGGCAAUUCAGCAGCCUCAAGGUGGUGGGCACCAUUUUUGAUAGCGCCCCCGGCAGAAGAAACGUGACGGGGAGUCUGCGUGCCUUGGCAGCUGUCUUGGGAUCAACUAAUGUGCUGCUCAAGUAUUGUCUCCUGCUUGUCUUCACCGUCCUGGUGGUGAUGCUGCGGAUCUUGCUGUAUCCAGUGACUCGCUUCUUCCAUGAGACCCAUUAUGAUGCCUUGCUGAAGGGGCCUUCGAAGUGGCCUGAGCUCUACCUCUACUCCAAGGGUGACAGGAUCAUCCUGGCCAGUGACAUAGAGCACAUGAUUGAGGCCCGGAGGCAGCACAGUGUUGCAGUGAGAGCUGUGGACUUCGCAGACUCUGCUCAUGUCAGUCACUUGCUGGCAUAUCCCUCCUAUUACAUGAGCCUCUGCACUUCUUUCAUGUAUGACUGCGUUGGACGCUCAUAGGUUCCACCCAGGCAGGGAUAGCAAGUGCCUGUGUAAAGACCCCAGCAGAUGCUCCUUCUUCACUGGGAUCACACCGGAAACGAACUCUACACUCUCUCUCUCUGCCUCUCUUUCUUCAGCAUCUCUCUGCUUACAAUAAAAUCCUGAUCCCAACAUCCUUCCCCAGAGCGUGGAGGCACAGAAUUGCUGAUUUCUCGGCAUCCAGUGCACAGCUGGGUGUCUGAAGCCUCCAAAUCAGUUGUUGGGCUGGGCAGAGGUGAUGGUGCUAAGUAGAGCGAAAAGAGUCUAAAUGAAUAUAACUUACCUGAUAGGGGUAAAAUCCGGACCCCACUGAAGUCAGUGGGAGGUUUGCCAGGGCUGGAAUUUCACGAUAGGAGGCCAGAGAAAGGAGUGAAUUACUGUGAGUGGGGGAGCACGGCACCCCCCUUUUUAUACCCUCUUCCUCUCUCCCUGCUGCCCUCCACUAUCGUAUUUCCUGAUGUAUAACUUACAUCACCGUCCACAUCCACUCUCCAGCUUGUUACACUGGAGCAAUUCUGUGACCCAGGGCUCUCCAAUUAGCCUAGGUUUUGGGUUUUUUUAUCUGCUACUUCCUCCAGCCCACUGAGUCAGCUGAAGCUCUGCAGUGUCAACUCAUUCUCCCACUCCCCACCCCACCCUUCUAUUUACACUCCUCUUGCUCAGCCCUGCCUAUAGUCCCAUUGAGGAGGACAGAAUGAGACUCUUGGCAGAGUCUUUAAUAGGGCAGAUCAAUGCAGGUCCCUCCCUGUCCCUGUCCUCAAGGCGCUGCACCUCAGCCCUACUCCUAGCUGGAGAUCAGCUGCAGCAAUCAAACGCAGGGUCUCCAAAAGGGCAGUGCAGGUAACUGCGAGUCAAUGUGUCAGCCUGGUUCUGUUUAAUAGGGCUGAAGCAGAAUGGCCAAGGGGCUGCUGCCUUGCUGGAUGACUCAAACCCCCAUAACUGAGUUAAUUUUAAGCUUUAUCUGUGAAAUAUCUAACAUGUCUCAGGGUCUGGUCUUUGUUCCUCUCCGCUGAUGCUUCCCUCUCAUUGCUGACAUCGUUGGGUGAAGAGCUGUGCUUUGCUGGGUAGAUUUACCGGUCUGCUAAGGUGUGUGUCUAGGAGUGCAGGGAGGUCACUUUGGGUAUCUGUAACCCUGAGUUCUGUCUCCCCUCCUGGGCCUUUCAGAAACUGCUUUCUCCCUGAUCAUCUCUCAUUACCAACUAGCAUCAUUUGUCACAUUCCAGAAGACUGGUUGACUAAUCUACACAUGCAGACACUAAAGAGUAUGUUGCUUACUCCCUGCACAGACGUGUUUGAUGGGAUGAGCCAAGCUAGCAAACACACUGUUGUUUGGAUUUCCUCUGUGGAGGGGGAGUGAGGGGUUAAAGUAGGGGAAGGGUUAUACUACACUCUACUGAGGGUGAACUGGUUGAAUUCCACUGAUCUGACUUUCCGUGUGUUCAUGGAUCCUGAUAUUUUGGGAGGGCGGGGGGUAGAUUGAAUGAUAACCCUGGAAAAGCCUGUUGCUUUCCAGCACAGCAUGAUUUAAUCUGGGGCCUCUGAAAUGAUGCUAGUCCCUCAAAGCAUCCAGUGCCUUGUGAACACCUGUACAGCUGGCUGAGGACACAGUUCGUCCCUGUGGUUUCCCUCCUGCAUACAGCCCUCAUGCUGACAAGAGGAUGUUAAUGAGUUGUUCCCCCAGCAAGAGCCACUUUGUAAUGUCAUCACUUUUCUCCUCUGCAAUCCCAAAAAUGUGAAUCAGAGCUGAGUAGUAUAGUACCCUGUCACUUCCCUGAGGGGUCCAGUAGCAGGGUUGGGAGGAAAUGCUUAUUCAAAUGCACUUGAAAUGGGGAUUUAGAAAUGUAUUCAUACUGUUUAUAAUCUAUUUUACAAUCUGCCUCAGUUUGCAAGCAGAAACAACAGUCCAACUGCAGCUUUUUUCAGCUUCCCAAACAGCUCAGAGAGGCCCUACCGCAGAACUGGGGAGUCCUUCUGCGUCGUCUUUUGACACGUACAUGACUGUCUUUGUUCUUAAUAGAGCACAAUGUUCUGCCUGUGUCGCUGAGGUUUGCACAUCAUGUUUCCUGAAUCUCUUCUGUUAAACUGACCCCAAAAGCCGAGGAAUUAAAGGUGGGAAGGGAAAAUAAAAUAUCAAACUUACAAUGACUUUA